AUGAUGAAAUACGCCAGAAGCUUCCAGCCCGAGUAUGUUCUCUCCAUCGGCGAUCAUUUCUACUUCAACGGAGUCGUCGACGAGCACGAUUUGCGCUGGAAAAAGACGUUCGAAGAAGUCUACGACUCGGAAGAACUGAUGGUUCCGUGGUACCCAGCUAUGGGAAAUCAUGACUGGAAUGUCCUCCCGCCACAGGUUGGGGAUGAUGAUUUGCCAAGAAGAGGAAAUGGCUGGGCCCAGAUCAAAUAUGGCCAGGAUGAGCUUGGAACAAAACGAUGGACUCACCCUGACCCGUUUUUCACGACUGAAUACACGACUGAAGAUGGCGUUGUCGUCAAAACGAUCAUGAUCGACACACCGAUGUUCAGUGGUGUCUACACUGGUGGUCGACCGAAACCAAAUACGGAUUCGGACGGAAAUAAAUGCAAUGUGUACGACUUGGAUCCAAAAUGCGUCAAUAACAUCGCCCCUGUCGAUCCGAAAAUCGCCGCUUGGGCUUGGGAAUGGAUCGAAAAGGAGCUCGAAAACUCUAAUAAUGCUGAUUAUCUCUUUGUCGCCGGACACUAUCAAGUCGUUGAUACAGAGGGAAUCUACGAUUAUGAAAUCUUCAGAAAACUCGAGCCGCUGAUGGAGCAGUUCAACGUCACUGCUUAUUUCCAGGGCCAUCGACAUACGAUGGAACAUGCACAGAGAUCGCCAAAAUUGCAGCCUGAGAACGAAACAAUUACGAAUAAUGUCCAUUAUUUCACAUUUGGAGCAGGAGCCUUGUUAGAUACAGGAGCCGAGAUGGCGUAUGUUCUUACUGGAGAGAUUCGCCCAGAAGUAGCGUGCCAUCCGCGGAAUGAGCCGAACGAUUUCGACAACGGCAGCGCUAUUUGCCAUAAAUACUGGUUCACGAAAAAAUACGCUGGAGGAUUUGGUGCUGUUAAUAUCACAAAAGAUCGCGCCCUAGUCUCCAUGAUCAGCUCCGAAGUCGAUAAUUUGACAGAUGCUUACAAAGUCGAAUAUUCUUUUGACAUAAAGCCACGAAAAUAA